GAUUUUUAUCCCUCUCGUAUUGCCCUCUACUUGAGAGAGAGAGAGAGAGAGAGAGAGAGAUGGUGGAUAACAACGAUGGUGGUGGUCGGACCUGCAUAAGCAACAUGGUAGACACUGGGAGUGUAGAGAGCCACAGGUACUACCUUGCUAGACGGACUGUGUUGGAGAUGCUAAGAGACAGAGGCUAUGACAUCCUUGACUCUGAAAUCAACCAAUCCCUCCAUGAAUUCCGUUCUGUCUACGGUCCCGACAUUGUCGACCUCGAGCGCAUCCGCAUCAACGCUUCCCUCGUCUCUGAUCCUUCCCAAAAGAUUCUUGUGAUCUUUUCUGGAAUUGAUAAGGUCAGGCUUCAAAUUAUUAAAGGUAUUUGCACCCAGGUAAUGAGCAAAGAAAUUUCAUUGCGGCCCUCCCGGGUGAUAUUGGUCUUGCAAGACGAAAUAACAACCCAAGCAUGUAAAGGUGUAUCUGAAUUACCGUUUAGAGUUGAGCUCUUCAAGAUUCAUGACUUGUUGAUCAACGCCACCAAACAUGUGCUAAAGCCGAAACACGAAAUAUUGACUCCAGCAGAAAAAGAGAAGCUAAUGAAGAAGUACAGUUUAGAAGACAAACAGAUGCCUCGGAUGUUGGUGAAUGAUGCUAUAGCACUGUAUUAUGGACUUGAGAAGGGGCAGGUGGUGAAAGUCUCGUACAGUGGUGAAGUUACUGGAUCUCAUGUUACUUACCGUUGUGUUGUCUGAUGCUAGUGCUCUGAGGUGGUGCAAGUGUCUAGGACCAUGGGAAGGAGAAAGUGCAGGGAUGAGGUUGAGAUAAAGAACUGGCAAAAGACCAUAUAUUGGAUUCGGAUGCAAAGCAGGUUAUUGAGGUUGAGUAUUAGCUAACAGAGCUAGAAAAGACUUGAAUGGUUCAGUAAGGGGGUGGAGUCUCUUGCAGACUUUGCUAUUUAGUUUUAUCUCUGGUACGUACGGUGUGCCAUGAAAGAAAAUAUGUAUUCUUGCACUUUUUAACACAACUCAACCUUACUGAACCUGAUGCCUGUAAGGAGGUUGUAUAUGUUCCUUUUAUUUUUUUUUUCCUGGUAUUCAAAGGGCUCUGAAUUGUGUAGCAGAUGCCUUGGCUAGGAAGGCCCUAUCGUGUAUGACAGAUUGAUCAUUUUUCAUUUUUUGGCUUGACGACUUUUGUGUGACGAAAGCUAUUGGUUGUACACAUGCUUAUCAUCUGUAAAUUCUCUUUUUACCCA